AUGGCUGGAGAUUCUAGGAAUUCCAUGAACCAAGACAUGGAGAUUGGAACCACCCCCAGAGACCCCAGGAAGAUUCCCAAACAGGCCCGUGAUUAUAUCCCCAUCACUACUGAUCGGACUCGUCUUCUGACAGAAGGCAAGAAGCCCCGCCAGCGAUACAUGGAGAAGAGUGGCAAGUGUAACGUGCAUCAUGGUAAUGUCCAGGAAACCUAUCGUUACCUGAGUGACCUCUUCACAACCCUGGUGGAUUUGAAGUGGCGCUUCAAUCUCCUUGUCUUCACCAUGGUCUACACCAUUACUUGGUUGUUCUUUGGCUUUAUUUGGUGGCUCAUCGCAUACAUUCGGGGAGACCUGGACCAUGUUGGGGACAAAAACUGGGUUCCUUGUGUUGAGAAUCUCAGUGGCUUUGUCUCUGCCUUCUUGUUCUCCAUUGAAACAGAGACCACCAUUGGGUAUGGCUUCCGGGUCAUCACAGAGAAGUGUCCAGAGGGGAUCAUCCUCCUAUUGGUCCAAGCCAUCCUAGGUUCCAUAGUCAAUGCCUUCAUGGUGGGCUGCAUGUUUGUCAAGAUCAGUCAGCCCAAGAAAAGGGCUGAGACUCUCAUGUUUUCUAACAACGCUGUCAUUUCUAUGCGGGAUGAUAAGCUUUGCCUCAUGUUCCGGGUGGGUGAUCUCCGCAAUUCUCACAUCGUAGAGGCCUCCAUAAGGGCCAAGCUCAUCAAGUCCAGGCAGACCAAAGAAGGGGAGUUCAUUCCCCUAAAUCAGACAGACAUUAAUGUGGGUUUUGACACUGGGGAUGACCGCCUCUUCCUGGUGUCGCCACUCAUCAUCUCCCAUGAAAUCAAUGAGAAGAGCCCUUUCUGGGAGAUGUCCAGGGCGCAGUUGAAUCAGGAAGAGUUUGAGGUGGUAGUCAUCUUAGAAGGCAUGGUAGAAGCUACAGGCAUGACUUGCCAGGCCCGCAGCUCUUAUAUGGACACCGAGGUUCUCUGGGGCCACCGCUUCACACCGGUCCUCACCCUAGAGAAGGGCUUCUACGAGGUAGACUACAACACCUUCCACGACACCUACGAGACCAACACACCCACCUGCUGUGCCAAGGAGCUGGCGGAGGCCCAGAGAGAAGGGCGGCUCCUUCAGUACCUCUCCAGCCCCACCCUGCUAGGGGGCUGUGCCAAGGAGGGGUCAGGCCAAAAGGCAGAGGAAGGAGAGGAAGAAGCAGAGGGGGUGGGGAGAGCCAGAGAGACUAGCAGCUCUGUGUGA